GCCAUAGCCACGCCUGCCUGGUGCUGCAGUUCUGAUCAAGUUUGUUGUUGUUUUUGUUGUUACCGUCGCUGGUGUGCAGGUCCCCCGGGCCGGGACUGGUCUCCGCAUGUGUGGGUUGGAGGUUGGCACCAAAUGCUGGCACUCUUCCUAGGGCUGGCCGGCGUGGGAAGUGAGGAAGAGUGUGGCACGGAGGCGGCGAGACGAUGGUCCACGUGUUGAGCUGCUCAGUCAGUCUUGAAGCCCAAGCCUUCGCCUCUAGCUGAGGCAGGACCUGUCCCGCUCCCAGGCUGUGAUCACCCUGCGCCACGAGGCACACACCCACUCGCCGCCCUUUGAUGCAUUGGUGAUACGGUGGAGAGGAAAACUUGUUAAGACUCCCACCUCCCAAGAAAAGGGAGGUGGAGUGGGUUUGUGAUCUAGGCGAGGCGCCUGUGUACUGUGUUCAGUGCUGGAUGUGAUCUUGUAACUCCGAAAUCCCGCGACUCGGAUUUACUGCGACACUCCUCACUUCACGCCUUCCGGAUGUGGUGAUGGGUUAGCAGCACACAUCAGCCAUGUCACAACGUGGCACCCGGCCUCGCUCCUGGUGCCCACGGGGGGACUCUCCCCUGCGGGUACCGGAGACGGCCAAUCUCCCUUCCCCCGUGGCAACCCCGGGGUUGCAGGGCCUUCCACCGGCCGUCGCCUCACCGCGCUCCACGCCCACACCCUUCAAGCUGCGGCGCCUCAGUAUGGGCACCGAACGUUCAGGGUCGCCGUGUGCUGCACCGCCUUCAGCUGCCACGGUGCUUCCAGCGCUGCACAUGGCUGCUGCCCAGCUGGAGCAGCAGCAGCAGCAACAGCGACAGGCAGCAGAGCAGGCAGUUCAACAUAGCGCUACUCGCACAGAUCAAAAUAUGACUCCUUUCUUCAAAUCACCAACACCCCAGCAACAACAACAACAACAACAGCAGCAGCAGCAACAGGAGCAACAACAACAACAAUCACAGCAACAGUACCGGAACAUGACACCAACGCCACAAGACGGGCGGCCCCAAUCCGGGGUUUUCUACCCCAUGCCGCAGCACCCGGUCUCCCCGACCCCUCUUCAGCAAAACAAGGACCUGCAGCGCCCCUUCAGACAUUCGCCCAUACUGCUCAGGGAAUCCUCAGUGGAACCGCGGUCACCUCCCUCCUCUCGCCCUGGCUCUGUUGUCUUCAGGGAGCGGGACAUCUGGUCACCGCCCUCGUCACGGCCUUCGUCAGCUAUGUCGAGGGAGCCGGAUUUGCGCUCACCGCCUCCUGCCUUCAAGCCUACACCGUUUCUACAGUCUGAAAGAGACUUCCGAUCCCCGACACCCUCCCGGCCCUUCCCCUUUAGACAGAAAGAGCGGGACGGUAGAUCACCCUUCAGCCCGUGCCCUCACCCUCUCACUCAGAGACAGAGGAGCUCGGUGUCGCCAGGCUCCUCCGCUCCUCGCGCGCGCCCCACCUCUCUCCACCUGCCAGGCAUCAGGGAGCCCUGGUCUCCCACUCGGCCGUCUCCUCUCGCGCAGCGGGAAAGAGAUCCACUGUCGCCGCCAAUGGGCCGCGCCUCUCCCCUGACCUACGAACGGGAGGCAGCCUCUCCUUCACCUGUGCGGAUGCUUUGGCCACGGGUAAGUUGGUGGGGAAUAAGUAAACCCACGUAAACCUAAGUAAACCCAAGUGAACCCUGUGUGUCGCGUCCUACUUCUCGCGUGGUGUUUUGAGUGUUGGUGGCGGUGGUGGUGCGCGUGGUGACAGGUUGAGGGACGGGCAAGCUGGACAGGAAGACAGCAUGUUUGAUGUUCUUAAACUCAACACGUCAAGCUCAUUUGUAUUUCAACUCGAGCAUGAGGAAGAAAGUCCAACGAGGAGACACUGCAGCUUCCUUCACUCCCUUCAUUCUUCCCUGAUUCUCUUGGCAGCGGAGGGAGGGAAGGAUGGAGCUGCUGUCAAGCCCUCCCUUACUACUUCGCCAAGUAUUUGUUGAUUCCACGCCUUGUCGUGGGCAUGACGGAGUGUUUUGGGAGGAUUGCUGCUGCUGCUGUUGUCUUCUCUUCCUCCUAAUAUAUAGCUGUCUGUGAAAGCUAUCACUCGCUAUUUUUGUUUCAUCAUGUGAGUUUAUUGUUGUCCAAUCUUGCUUCCUGGGUCCAUAUUCUGAAACUUUUUGUGCUUAUCUAAGGAUUAUUAAAGAUAGCAGAGCAUUGAUUUUCAAGUUUGAUUAAUUGGUGAUGAAUUCAUUGGAAUAAUGACUUUUCACUAAAUACUCUAAUGAUGCCCUUUAGAGCUGUUAUAAACUUUGAUACGAUUUUUCUUAAUCUACAUUCCAUAUUCUAUACAAUAAGAUAUAAGCAUUUUUGUUUAAUCUGUUACUUUGUAGGCACUCCCUAAGUUUUCAUCAAGAAGAAUAUUUGGUUGUGUUUGUAUGCAACACAAAAAUAUACGUUAUCUUAUUUUACCUUACCUUGUCUCUCCUUAUCGUAUCUCAAAAUAAGUUGAGAUAAGCAGGAGCGUUUGAGAAUCAUUUCCUUGAUGCGUCUGUUUAUGUACAGACGCGCUUGGCGGCCCUUCCUUGGUGAAAGCAUUCCUUGCUCCUUCCGUUUUUGCAUUGUUCACCCUUUCAAUGCCUUGUUUUCUUUUCUGGAUUUUUUAUUAAUUUUUGAGAUUAGAUUUUGUCUUUCUCUUCUUCUUCUCCUCCUCCUUUUC